UUGAAGGCCCAUCCCACCACAAAGCACAAUUCUCCCAAGAGAGAGGGAGAAAAAGGCCACAGAAUGGGUUCAUAUUCCUCAAUAAGAGCGUUUGGCGCACUUCUUCAUAGAUUCUCAAAUGGGGUUCCCUUCAAACGCUCCAAUUCCGUUGCUCUUCGGACUGGUUUUCUGCCCAAGAACCCAUCAUCAUUUUCAUCAAAGUCGUCGUGGCUAUCGUUGUACGAGGUUAAGCUUAGUGUUCGAGUGAGAACGAUACAGACAUUCUCUCCUGUUUGUAUGGGUAGGCGUUCAAGCAAGAUUGCUGGCAGAAAGGGAGCUCAAGAUGCAAAAAAGGCUAAGCUGUAUUCAAAAAUUGGGAAGGAAGUUGUAUCUGCUGUAAAGAGAGAUGGUCCAAACCCAAAAUCAAAUACAAUUUUAGCAGCUGUACUUGAGAAAGCUAAGGAACUUGAUGUACCCAAGGAAAUUCUGGAGCGCAACAUUAAGAGAGCUUCUGAGAAGGGGCAAGAGGCUUAUAUUGAGAAAUUCUACGAGGUAUAUGGUUUUGGUGGAGUUAGUAUGAUAAUUGAGGUCUUAACGGAUAAAAUAAACCGAUCUGUGGCAGCUGUUAGAGAGGUUGUGAAGGACUGUGGUGGAAAGAUGGCAGAUCCAGGAUCUGUUAUGUUCAAGUUUAGACGUGCUCGGGUUGUAAAUGUAAAAGCCACAGAGGCUGACAAAGACCAGCUCCUUACCAUUGCUUUAGAUACUGGUGCCGAGGAUGUCAUUGAACCGCCAGUCUAUGAAGAUGAUGCUGAAGAAGAUAGAUCAGAAAGCUAUUAUAAAAUUGUAACCUCAGCAGAAAACUAUUCAGCCAUUCUGGAAAAGCUUCGCGAGGAAGGAAUAACUUUUGAAACUGAUAAUGGAUUUGAGAUGCUUCCAAUAACCACCAUUGAGGUGGAUGAUGAAGCAAUGGACUUGAACAAGGAACUCAUGUCCAAAUUGCUUGAACUUGAUGAUGUUGAUGCUGUCUAUAUGGACCAGAAAUGACCAGACUUGGAUCUCUAAUCACCAUGGCACCCUUACCAGAAUGAAAACAAGUUUUUGGUGCUGUGCGACUUCAAUUUUUGGUUUAUGGGUGAAGUAUCUAGGCUUGUUUUGGCAUUUAAACUCGGCAGAAGGAUUGUCCACUGUUGCUCAGUGGAGUAGAUUCAGCCUAGGUUGGAUUUCUUGUUGCUUUUAUUCGGUUUUCCUUGGAAUCUCUCAUUUUCUGUUAUAAAAUUUUGAAAGAAACAGUGAAUAAUGAAAUUAUCCACCAGCUUUGGGGAUGGUAAACAGCACAGCUUUAUAAUGA